AUGUCCAACUGGUUCUCAAAGCUCACUCACCGCAGCAAUGCCUUGAAAGACCCUUCGGAUGACGGCUCUGCAACCUCAGAGUCAUUGUCGAAGCGAAUGUCUGUCGAUAGUAUCAUCACCGUUGAUGGAUUCGACUACAUCAAGUUUGAUGGAGAUACAGACGGAAAAUCCACUAAUGGAGAUACAAACGGAAAAUCCACCGCCGCGGUCGAGUCGGACUUCGCAGAGUCUUUCGACGGGCCUUUAACCAAGCCCUCCGCAUCCUCAAAGUUAGAUAUGGUCAACACUGAAUUUGUUUCCCGGAAAGAGGAUUUCCUUCAGAUCAAAAUCAAAGACCUAGGCUACACAGUCCUGGAAUUCGGAUGGCAUUUUGCAGCUAUCAGAUACUUCGCGUCGGACAGUAACACCGAAAAGAUCCCAGGUUGGCGCUUCUCGUUCGUGACGUUUCCCCUGGAGGAUCGAAAGGGACUAUCCAUGAAUUACUGCGUUUAUUGUUUCGAAUUCGACCAAAGGGUCCACCCUACGCCCAGAGAAGACUUCUCGAUCGUGUACGAGCACACAAAGCCUUCCCUCCCUGAGUUGAUUGACGCCAUCCUCUACGAUCAAGCGGUGAUCAAAGAGUUCGGAACAGCCAUAGCCCCGUUUGCCGGGCCGUCAGCGCCUGGUUGCAUCAGGGAAUGGCUUUUGAACAUCCGCUCCAAGGGCGAGCCGAUACCCAGAAAGUUUUACAAUGACGGAGAGUACGAAAGACCGGCCCUGCACACAUGCGGUGAUCAUCUUCAAAGAAGGGGAUUACCUUCCUUUGAGAAAGACAACCUGGUGGCUCCGGAAUCACCAGUCAACUUUCUAAAACGAACGUCCUUUCCUUUGACCAAUGUGACCUCUGGAGUGGUGUUCUGGCGGUAUCUCCUUGGGCAAACGAGCAAGCAAAAAAUCGAAACUGAACAAAGGGUUGAUCCUCGGCGUCGCCCGAGACCGGAUACAACCUUCAACAAUGGCCUGAGACAGGGGAUUCAGGAAGCGGAUGUCGCGCUACAUCGUGCUCAGACUCGGGCCUCACCAUAUAAACCCGUGUACGACCUGCGAUGUCGCCGUCAACCUACCACUUAUGGGACACAACCACCAGGAGACUCAAGUGAAAUGACAUCUGACAACGCAAUUCCUUCGAGCUCCGCAGAUGACAGCAAGCAGAGACGUCGGACUUGGAGCUCGAGAUCCAUCACGAAUCGUUCUCUGUUGCUCUCAAGCAGGGUCAGGAGUUGGACAAAGGCUUCCUCGCUCACGGGAAACCUCACCCCGGACGAUGUGACUUUCCGUUCAACUCCAAGCUCAAUCCAGACCGGUGACUUGACCGUUGGAAAUGCCUCGAACAUACCUCCUACUACCCGUGAGGAGGGGAUAUCCACAUCCGAUGACGUCGACUUCACCCCAUCCGGGUUAGAUGGCCGCAAGUUUCAGGGGAUGGUGGAAGACAAGCACGCCCUAGAGAUGACCACUGGGUUCGACGGGACCGAUUCUACGUACUACCAAACCUUUUGGGUGUUAGGUCAGUGGCGAGCGGACAUCCCCUCAAAGUCGAUUGCUUCGGGAUGCAAAGUCCCGCAAGAGCGGGAGACAACAGACAGGUUUAAUCAGGAGAGAAAGUACUUUGUACUUAUGGAGUUCAAAGUCACUGCCGGUACGGACCUGAGUUUAUUGCUUGCCGAAAAAGAAUCUCAAUGGAAAGUCGCGGAGCUAUACUACGGCACGCAAGAAACUGCCAAGUUCAGGAGAUUGGUGGAGAUCUGGGCACCAAACUGGAUAGACCGGGGCACGUUUUUGACCCAGCAGGUGAAGAGAUCGGUAUCUCUGGUGGGACCAGGUGGUAAGGGAAGCUCACUACCUAAGAAGGUUACAAGCUGGGCGAAACGUGGUGCGGAAAAACUUCAGCUAGAUCUAUAG